CUGCACUGCAACCACAACGAGCAAUUGAGCACCAACAGAGAAAGAAUGUUCGCUGAUCCCCCCGCUUCUGGACCUGUCAUGGCCUUUUGUGACCGCCAUGCAGAUGUUGAACGGCGGGCCCGAUUCCCCAUGGGCGAUAGGUAGGUACCUAAGGCUGGUAGGUAGGUCACCUCAUGGCAGUUUGGCUGCCCUGGCCUGGAAAAGCGGACGGGCAUGAGCUCAUUGCUGCUAAGACUAAGAUAGGUUUUAUUCUUUUUCAUCUUCCCCAGAUUUCUUCAAGUGGAGUAUGUAUUUAUUCCGCGUCUUCAAGAUACAGCUAUUCUAUUGAGUUGGACAAUUGAUAAUGCGCUCGCUUUCUCCGAUCGUUGUCGCGUGUCUGCUAUUUGUGGCGGGUGGUGUUACCGCGGAUAACAUCACGCUGAAAGCUCCUAUUAUCGCAACGCCGUCCGAACACUGGGAAGGAGUAGACGGGACAUGGAGCACGUUCGAGAUUCAUGUCGGGACGCCGGCGAAUGUUUAUCGAGUCCUGCCAGCGACUUCGUGGCAGGAGACGUGGGUGAUUUAUGGUGCUGCGGCCGGUGUGUGCAACACGAGUGUGGGCGUAUCGUCGAAUUGUGGUGAUGCGAGAGGGGGGCUGUUCAAUUCUACGGACUCGUCGACUUGGAUACAGAGUGAUCAGGAUUUCUUGGGUUUAGAUGCUACGUUGGGAUAUCAGGGUGUGGGCCAAUAUGGCUUUGAUACGGUGGGACUUGGAUACACGAAUACUUCGGAUUCGACGUUGACGCAUCAAAUUGUUGCUGAGAUUGUUACGAAUUAUUGGUGGUUCGGCAUACUUGGGCUUGGUUUCCAACCCACGAAUUUCUCGACGUAUGGAAAUCCUCAAGCAAGUUUCUCGGAUACGUUAUAUUCGAAUGGAACGAUAUCGAGCAUGAGUUGGAGCUAUACUGCCGGAGCGUACUAUCGUCUCAAGAGCAUUUUUGGAAGCUUGAUAUUCGGAGGAUAUGACGAGUCAAGAUUCACACCCAACGAUGUGAUCUUCACUAUGACAGGCGACAACCUACGAGAUAUCGUUGUAACGAUCCGCUCUAUAAUAUCCACUACAUCUUCUGGAAACACAACCUUAAUGUCUGCACCUGAAUUCGCAUUCAUCGACUCAGCUGUCCCUGAGCUCUGGCUCCCAACAACAGUCUGUCAAGCAUUCGAAAAAGCCUUCGGUCUAACCCUCGACUCAGCAUCAGGCCUCUACCUCAUAAACGCCAGCACGCACUCCAACCUCCAGUCCCUAAACCCAAACAUAACCUUCACGCUCGCGAACCAGAAAUCCGGCGGCGCAACAGUAGACUUUGUGCUCCCCUACGCAGCAUUCGACCUCAACGUCACCGAACCCGUCCUCACAAACAGCACCAGCUUCUACUUCCCCAUCCGCUCCACGGACGACGAUUCCUUGUACACCCUCGGCCGCACAUUCCUCCAGGAAACAUACGUAACAGCCCACUACAACUCCCGCACCUUCAACGUCUCGCAAUCCAUCUUCGACGAUUCCGCGUCCCCAACCGUAAUCGCCCUCCCCGCCAACCUCCCAACCAGCACCUCCACCGCCCCAUCCUCCACCUCCUCCACACCGGGCUCAAAAUCCGGCUCCGCCUCCACAGGCUCCUCUAAGCUCUCAGGAGGAGGCAUAGCCGGCAUCACAGUCGGCAUCCUCCUCGCCGCCCUCCUCGCCGCCUUCCUCCUCUUCUGCAUCUUCCGGCGGCGCAGAACUAACCGCGAAGCCGCCAUCCGCCGAGACGAAGAAGCCAAAGGUCCCGUCCACGAAAUCGAUCCCGGCCGCCGCGUCGAUCCGCACUCCACGUCCGCGUAUAGCGAGCAGGCGUCUGGAUUAACGAACGAGGUCGAUGGGAAGGAUGCGCGGGUCGAGAAGUGGGGGAUCCCUGUUAUGGUGCCGCAGGAGCUGGAAGCUGAUGUGCCGCCGGCCUCGGCGACGAGUUCGGAGAAUGGGGAUGGGCAUGCGAGGACGGGGGUUGAGAUGAGUGGUGGGGCGGCGGGGAGGGGAGGGUUGAGUCCGGUGAGGGAGCAUAAGGCGAAGACGCCGAUGGCGGAGAUGGAGGCUGAAGAACGGGGAUUGGGCGAGCCGAUGCCAGAGAGGGGGAGGGAGAGGGAGGAGAGGGAGGAGGAUAUUGUUAGUCCGAAUAGUGAUACGAUGCCGAGUAUUAUGGGGAGGGCGAGGGGUGCUGUGAGGACGAGUGGGGAGUUGGGACAUAGUCCGACGAUUAGUGAGGGGACUUGGAGUCCGAAUUCGCCGGUGCAGAGGAGGGGGAGUCGGUUUGAGGAGAGGUUGUAAGGUGGGUGGGUGUUGGGAUAUGUGGGAAUAGGAGGUUUUGGUUUGGUUAGGUUGUAUAUGAUACCUUUCAGCACAUAUAAGAUAGGGUUUGGGAAUGACUGUAUAGGAUUGUAUGAGAGAUGGGAAAAG